UUGCGGAUUUGCUGCUCUCGGGCUAAAUCUGUUCGGCCAGCCAAUGCAGCUAUACUAGAGGCCUCUGCCUGUACUUCCUGCGUAUGCUAUAAGUUUACAGUACAUAUCAGCCCAUUUGUGUUCUGGCACGCUAGUUGCAACUUUCACCAGAUGCACAGGUAUCGGCUGGUGUGUCCAGAUGACUCAUCAGGAGCAGCAGGAGAUCCUGUUUAGGGAGAGCCUGGAGGCAGCUAUGUCCUGGAUGAAGGCCGUCCAGGAGCGGCUCCGGCUCAACGACAACACCCAGGGCCCCCGGGCUGCCCUGGAGGCCAGACUCAGAGAGACAGAGAAAAUCCACCAGUCGGAGCACGAGGGUCAUUUGAAGUUUGACAAGGUGCUUGUGGCUGCAGAGGUCUUACUGCAGAACGGUAACCAGGAGACGAGGAACAUCACCCAUGCCAGACUCAAAGAACUCAAAGCAUUAUGGGAGGAGACCUGCACCUACAUCAUCCACUGCCACAGCCGUAUAGAGUGGGUGUGGCUGCACUGGAGUGAGUAUCUGAAGGCCUAUGAGGAGUUUGAGAUGUGGCUGGUCAGCGUGUGUCGCAGUCUGGAGCCGGAGGUGGAGCUGCAGCUGGGGGUGAAGGAGAAAUUGUGGCAGGUAGACAACCAGCGCGUCCUGCUGUGUGACGUCCAGAACCAGGCACUGUUGCUGGAGAGGCUGGUGGACGAGGCUGCAGCGCUGAACAACCGCAUCCAGGAUCCCAGUGUGGACCAGGAAGCACAGGAGAGACUCCAGCUGGUCUAUAACAGCAUACGGGACAAGGCUGAUGAGAGGCUGUCGGUGCUGCAGAAGAUGGCUGAAGAGCACCAGAUGUACCAGAGAGACGUCCUGAAGUUCCAGGCCUGGCUGGUGUCCAAGACUAAGGAGCUCAACACCCUCACUGAGACAGAGGACACAGCCGAGAACAAACUCCGAGCCCUACAGACCCUGGAUGACAACGUGGCCAGUGAGGAGAGGACGCUGCAGCACAUUGAGGUCAUGGCGGAGGCAGUGCGGGCCAACACGUCCCCCGGGGGGGCAGAUGUGGUGGUGGAGGAAGCAGAGGAGCUGCGUCUGGACUGGCAGAGGCUGAGACAGAGCCUGUGUGAGGCCGGAGAGAGCCUGAAGAGCAGCCUGGAGUCUCAGAGCCAGUACCAGAGCCGCUGCCAGCGUCUAGGGGAGGACAUCGGGCAGCUCCGGGGCCUGCUCCACAGACUGACCAGAGACCUGGAGACAGCCAGGGAGGGAGACAGGACCGGAGAUCUGGAAACAGCCAGGGAGGGAGACAGGACCGGAGAUCUGGAAACAGCCAGGGAGGGAGACUGGACCGGAGAUCUGGAGACAGCCAGGGAGGGAGACAGGAUUGAGGAACAGAUGGUUGGGCAGUGGAGGAAAUACAUGAACAUCCGGAAUACUUUAUUGGCAGAGGAAUCCCAGGUGGAGCGCCUCAAGGCCCAGCUUAAAGAACUCUUCCGCUUUUCCCAAGAUUCCCAGCAUCUCUCUGACGACGUCCUGGCUGUGGUGAAGGAACAGCAGAGUGUGAAGUGUCGUACUAUGAAGCUAUGUGUGGAGUCAGAGUUUGGGCUGAGACAAGUGCUGCAGGACCCUCUGCAUGGAUUCUCUCAGUGGAGUCAGGUUGUCUCUCAAGUGUUGGAGUCUUCUGCUGAAGUGUCUGAGUUCUCACACGUCGCCAUGCUGGUGCAGAACAUCCAGAGGUUGCUGAAGCACAGUCUGCAGCUGCAGGAGCGUUUGCGUUUGAUGCUGUUGAAGAGAGAUCUGCUGUGUUCAGUGUUCGGCUCAGACAGUGCAGAGAGUCUAAUGACAGCGCUCAAAGACACUGUGAGGAAAAGGGAGUUACUGCACAACCAGCUGCUGCAGAGGAAAGCAAGACUGCAGGGUUUGAUCUCAAGGACAAAGGACUUUGGGGACGCCUGCAAGUCAAUCAGGAACAAGCUGACCCUGCUGAGAGAGAGACUGAUCUCAUCAGACAGCCUCCAGCCAGACAUACUGGCCAAGAAGAGCCAGUCAGACCAGCAACGGGUGAUCAAGAAGGACUUGGAGGACUGUGAGGCCCACAUCACAGCUCUGGAGACUCUGGUGUCGUCUAGCUCUGCUAACAGGACACAGUUUGAGAGGCUUUACGGGGACUGGAGAAUCCUUUACAAGUCCGUCAGGGUAAAGGUGAAGGAGAGUGAGGAGAGCAUCGGGGGGCAUGAGAGUUUCCACGUGAGCCUGCUAAACGUGGAGAAGUGGUUGAUGAUUAUGAGGCAGAAGCUGGAGUCCUACCGCAGUUCUACUGGGGAGUGGAGCUUGGACAACAGACAGCAAGAGGCCGAGAGGGCACUAGGUGAGUUCCCAGAGAAGGAACUGCAGCUGCACCAGACAGAGGUUCAGGGACAGGGGGUGCUGGAGAGGACCUCUGAGGAGGGCCGGGUACACAUCCUCAGGGACAUGAAGCACCUGAGGGAGUCCUGGAUGGCCCUCCAUGACCUCAGCCUCAACCUCUUCAGGCUGCUGAAUGGGCACAGCUCUGAGGACCCUGACUUAGACACCCAGAGGGAGAGGGUGAGAGGCCAGGCUGGGGAGAGGCCAGGCCCAGGCAGUGAGCUCUUUCCUGGGGAGGGAGGAGACAUGAUUAAGGGUAGUGGCUCCAGCAGCAGUAGAGAGGGUGCUCCAGAGAGAUCCCCAGGAGAGGGCCAUGGGGUCUGGCUCUCUCAGAGCUCUGGGGUAGGGGCUGGGAGAGGGGGAAGAACAGGGUUAGGAGGAAGGUUGGAGCGAGGGGAAGGAGGGGAGAGUUUUGGAGCAGAAGAGGGUAUUUGGGUCGACGGAGCGUUUGAGGGCAGUAUGGAGGUUAUGGAUCUCUCUGAACAUAGGGAGAGACAGGGCAGGGAUCGACAGACUCUUGGUCAACAACUGAGUCCUAUGACGUUAACCUUGGCAGGCAGUCAGAGACGGGGACAGGGUGGUGGGAGUGGGGACAGGGAGAGGGAAAGGGAGAAGAAGAGGGGUGGCGGUGAGCACAGCCUAGGUGUAGAGGGGGUGGACUCCUCCAUCGUUUGGAGAGGGGGGUACGGUCAGAGGGGAGAGGAGGGAACCACAGGGAUGACAUCAGGCCACACAGGGGGCAGAAGCACCCAUGGUGGAGGAGGAUUGGUGGUGGUGGACUCUGGCUCCAGGGUUAGUGGGGUGGUGGGGGACUCUGGCUCCAGGGUUAGUGGGGUGGUGGGGGACUCUGGCUCCAGGGUUAGUGGGGUGGUGGGGGACUCUGGCUCCAGGGUUAGUGGGGUGGUGGUGGACUCUGGCUCCAGGGUUAGUGGGGUGGCGGGGGACUCUGGCUCCAGGGUUAGGGGGGUGGUGGGGGACUCUGGCUCCAGGGUUAGUGGGGUGGUGGUGGACUCUGGCUCCAGGGUUAGCGGGGUGGUGGUGGACUCUGGCUCCAGGGUUAGUGGGGUGGUGGUGGACUCUGGCUCCAGGGUUAGUGGGGUGGUGGUGGACUCUGGCUCCAGGGUUAGUGGGGUGGCGGGGGACUCUGGCUCCAGGGUUAGUGGGGUGGCGGUGGACUCUGGCUCCAGGGUUAGUGGGGUGGUGGUGGACUCUGGCUCCAGGGUUAGUGGGGUGGUGGGGGACUCUGGCUCCAGGGUUAGUGGGGUGGUGGUGGACUCUGGCUCCAAGGUUAGUGGGGUGGUGGGGGGACUCUGGCUCCAGGGGUUAGCGGGGGUGGGGGACUCUGGCUCCAGGGUUAGAGGGGUGGUGGUGGACUCUGGCUCCAGGGUUAGCGGGGUGGUGGUGGACUCUGGCUCCAGGGUUAGUGGGGUGGCGGGGGACUCUGGCUCCAGGGUUAGUGGGGUGGUGGUGGACUCUGGCUCCAGGGUUAGUGGGGUGGGGGUGGACUCUGGCUCCAGGGUUAGUGGGGUGGCGGGGGACUCUGGCUCCAGGGUUAGUGGGGUGGCGGUGGACUCUGGCUCCAGGGUUAGUGGGGUGGUGGUGGACUCUGGCUCCAGGGUUAGUGGGGUGGUGGGGGACUCUGGCUCCAGGGUUAGUGGGGUGGUGGUGGACUCUGGCUCCAAGGUUAGUGGGGUGGUGGGGGACUCUGGCUCCAGGGUUAGCGGGGUGGUGGGGGACUCUGGCUCCAGGGUUAGCGGGGUAGUGGGGGACUCUGGCUCCAGGGUUAGAGGGGUGGUGGUGGACUCUGGCUCCAGGGUUAGCGGGGUGGUGGUGGACUCUGGCUCCAGGGUUAGUGGGGUGGUGGGGGACUCUGGCUCCAGGGUUAGUGGGGUGGUGUGGGACUCUGGCUCCAGGGUUAGCGGGGUGGUGGGGGACUCUGGCUCCAGGGUUAGCGGGGUGGUGGGGGACUCUGGCUCUAGGGUUAGCGGGGUAGUGGGGGACUCUGGCUCCAGGGUUAGAGGGGUGAUGGUUGACUCUGGCUCCAGGGUUAGCGGGGUGGUGGGGGACUCUGGCUCCAGGGUUAGCGGGGUAGUGGGGGACUCUGGCUCCAGGGUUAGUGGGGUGGUGGUAGUAGAUGUGUCUGAGUCCAGCAGUAGUGGGCAGACAGAGGAGUGGGUGGAUGGGCAGAGGUCCAGAGGAAUGGCUGAAUCCCUGGCCAUGGAGGUAGAUGUGGGGUUGGGGUCAGGCUCUGGGUUAGAGCAUAGCAGCAGAGGCAACUACGACAAGGGAACAGGUGGAAUGAGAGACCACAGUGAAGGGGGACAUCUGCGACACAGAGGCUUUUUCCCGCCUAUCAAGACCAGGAUGGAGGAUUCAGUCAUGGAUGGUCUCACUCUGUCAUUCCAGCAAGGCUCUGCUAGAAAACCCUCUGGAAGGCUACAGGGCUCAAGUCACCACACCACGGCAGAUGUUGGGGCAACCCUGAGUGCAGGGGACUAUGAGGACAGGAGGAGGGAGUUUGAGGCCUGGCUACAGAAGGAGAACGAUACACUCUCAGGGAUUCUGAGCACAGAGGGACUGCUGAGCACCAAAGAACUCAAGAUCAGGCAGAAAACACUCAUGACCUUACGGUCCAGUGUAGACUGGGGUCAGGAGCAGUUCCAGCUACUACUGAUGGCUUGGGCGGUAGCCGGGGCCAGGGCUGACCGUGGGGCUGAGGAUGUGGGCAUGGAGGAGAUACGUUAUCGCUGGAUGCUCUACAAGUCCAAACUGGAGGAUGUAGGAGACCUCAAGGCCCUGUUGAAUGUCAAGCAGGGUGCCGGUGCUGCUGGCCGAGAGGAACACACCAGGACAGCUAAGGAGAAGACUCCAGGCCUGCUGUACCGUGUGUGUCGGGUGGCCCUGCCCCUCUGGCUCCUGCUGUUGGCUCUGCUCCUCUUUGCCUUCUUCCUGCCCUGGAUGGACGAAGCCUCCAGCUGCUCUCUGUCCAACAACUUCGCCCGCUCCUUCAACAUCAUGCUCCGUUACCACGGACCUCCACCCACAUAGGAAAGGAGAUAUAGGAUUAUGAAGACCAUUGCUCUUCACCCUCAAUCCAUUCUGUGCGUGUGUGUCAGUUUGGGUCAGUGAGUGUGUGUCAGUGUGUGAAUACGUUUCUGCUGUAGGUGUCAGUGUGUGGGUGGGUGACCUCAGCUGUUCUCACACAGUCAGACCAAUUCAGCUCCUCUAUCACACAGGCUGGCAGCACUUCACAGAGAACAGCACUCCACACUCCUAUUCACACUACUACAGUAGCUAAUGGCCACCAAACACUUAGCAUAAUGUUGGAGUAGUGAGCGGAGGUGAUGUGGGAUAAGGAGGUGGAUUUUUAUUGCCUUUAUUUAAGGGGUGAAAUGAUGCUUACAUGGUCUUAGAUAACUUAGAUAACUAACCGAGUGUGAUCUGUCAUAUACCAAAAAUACCUAUCAUGGUUUGCUGCCAUUUUAAAGAAUGGUGUGGAUAACACUUUUUUAAACUGCCUUUAACCCUAAUAAAUAACAUGAUGCUUUUUUAAACUGCCUUUAACCCUGAUAAAUAACAUGAUGCUUUUUUAAACUGCCUUUAACCCUGAUAAAUAACAUGAUGCUUUUUUAAACUGCCUUUAACCCUGAUAAAUAACAUUAUGCUUUUUUAAACUGCCUUUAACCCUGAUAAAUAACAUGAUGCCUUUUCUUCUUGGAUGAGUGUAAGAUGUUUUUAGAGCUCUAUUUUGAACCUGUACAUGAUGCCUGUUGCACAGAUGACCUUUAUCAAUUGUAGCACUGAGUUAAUGACAGUCUAGCGCUUCAAAGAUCAGGAAUAGUUGACAUUCUAGAUGCAGGAUGUUCUCAUGUCCACCGAAACACAAUAUCUGUUCUAUCAUGAAUCAACUCAAAUCUAACACAUACCGAUGACGAUUAAGCAAGUCAGUCAGUAAUGGUAUACAGGAUGUCCCACUUCUGACUGUCCAAAUAUACAUCCUACUUGUACUGUACUGUACUUUACUUUACUGUACUGUACUGUAGGCAUGUUUCAACCAUAUGCUUCCCUUUCUCAAGGUUCUAUGCUAUAUUUGAACACUUUCGUAAUGAUCCCUUGGCACAGUUAAACCGUUUGGUGAAUAUAGCAAUUAUAAAGCCUUGUACUAUGGCCCCUGACUUUUUCUUGGACCACAGACAGAGUGUUCUAGAUGCCAAAUUUACUUUGGUUUUUAUACGUAAUGUUCAGCAGGGCCCAGAUUAUAAGAUGGAAAUAGCCGCUGUUAUGGGAGAGGGGCCUUUUUUGAGCAGAUUCUUAAAAUGAUGCAAUGAACCUCUCAACCUUGACUUUUCCCCCUCGUUCUCUGUUGCUCGCUCACGCUCUCUUUUUUAAAUCCCCUCUUUCUCCCCCUCUGUUUUUAUCUCCCCUCUUUCUCCCCCGCUAUUUCUUCCUCUCUCUCUCUCUUUCUACCAUCUCCCUCCUCCUCCUCCCCUCUUUCUCCCCCUCUAUUUCUUCCUCUCUCUCUCUUUCUACCAUCUCCCUCCUCCUCCCCUCUUUCUCCCCCUCUAUUUCUUCCUCUCUCUCUCUUUCUACCAUCUCCCUCCUCCUCCUCCCCUCUUUCUCCCCCUCUAUUUCUUCUUCUCUCUCUCUUUCUACCAUCUCCCUCCUCCUCCCCUCUUUCUCCCCCUCUAUUUCUUCUUCUCUCUCUCUUUCUACCAUCUCCCUCCUCCUCCUCCCCUCUUUCUCCCCCUCUUUCUUCCUCUCUCUCUCUUUCUACCAUCUCCCUCCUCCUCCUCCCCUCUUUCUCCCCCUCUAUUUCUUCUUCUCUCUCUCUUUCUACCAUCUCCCUCCUCCUCCUCCCCUCUUUCUCCCCCUCUCUCUCUCUUUCUA